AAAUAAUAUUGGUCAAUUCAAGGUUGAGGUACGUCUGUCUGUCUUCUGUGUUUCUAUCGAUUAGCGCUCUCUCUUGUGUUUCCUUCUCUCUCUCUUUCAUUGCCAUUGACGCGAAACUUCAAACCUUUCAAUUCCAUUGAAAUCGCGCCAGAUUUAGAUUUUUUUCUGAAUUCCUUGGAAACGAAUUCGGAUAUUGUUUAAAUAUCAUGAAGAUCCUCCAUUUUUGGUAAAUAUCAGGUUGCCUGAUUUCUAUUGAAAUGUGCAGUAGGAAAUAUAGGCCUUGCGAUGGAGUUGACAGUUUAAUGCUGAUUCAAUAUUAUUCGCAAUGCAAUUAGUAUCAAAUGAUAGUCACAAGGAAGAUGUUUCAGAAAGUGAACCCAUCUUAUGCCAGUCUACCAUUUCAAGACGAUCUGAAGAAUCAUCAUCUUCAUGUGAAAUUAUAUCUAUAGCACGGGAUUGCGAUGGCGAUGAUUUAGAAAGUGUUAGCAUCGAUGAAACCUGCCAUCUAGUGAAUCCAGAUCAACCUCAAUGCCGUAUUUGCCUUGAUACUGGAGGAGAAGACCUAAUUGCACCAUGCCAUUGCAAAGGCACUCAGAAGUAUGUGCAUAGGUCGUGCCUUGACAACUGGAGGUCAACCAAGGAGGGCUUUGCUUUUGCUCAUUGCACAGAGUGCAGGGCAUUGUUUGUGUUACGUGCCAAUGUCCCACCUGACCGCUGGUGGUUGAGAUUGAAAUUUCAGUUCCUUGUUGCCAGGGACCACGCAUUCAUUUUUGUAGUUGUUCAGCUGAUUGUUGCACUAUUGGGGAUGCUUGUCUACAAGUUUUAUGGGGAGGAGCUCAGGGAAAUGUUUGGCUAUGAAGAACAUCCUUAUGGGUUUUAUACUAUGGCUGUUUUAGCUAUUGUUUUGGUGGGUUUGCUCUAUGGUUUCUUCAUUGCCAUUAUAUGUGGACAAAGGAUCAGUGAACGCCAUUACCACGUUCUUGCCAAACAAGAACUAACGAAGGAAUAUGUGGUAGAAGACCGAGAAGCUAGCAAAAUUGUCCCUGAACUAGAUGCCAGCCAUGUCACAGAGCUGAGAAUGUUGGGCCUUUAUUAAUUUGAAAUUUUCUGCAUUGCUAUAAUCUCAGUCUUGCUUUCCUGUGGAUGGAAGUCAUUUGUGCAUCAUGGAGGAAGUAAAUUCAUUGGUUCUAAAUAAUAUAUAUGAGGUUUUUCCUUUGUGUGAUUGGUUUUGUUUUUGGACAUGGCUGGAUAGUGUCCCCUUGCCCUCACUUGUAUAGGGGAAUAUGGGCAUCGUCUAAUCCAAUUUCAAACUGCACAGUAUCUUUACCGGUUCCUCCACCUGUAUUUCCGUCGUCAUUGUGUAUUAAGAAACCAGCUUCAUAGAGAAAAA